AACACACGUGAACGUUUGAGACACGCGCUGACCGCAAUAGCUUGGCCAAUGACUCAAGCAGGCAUAUCUACGAUAUUGAGUUUGUGCGUCCUGGGCAUCAUCCAGGCCUACAUGGUAAAGGUGUUCGUCAAAGUGGUGGUUUUGGUGGUGAUGCUCGGUCUCAUACAUGGCCUUAUCAUUUUACCUGUUGUUUUUGGUGCAAUACCGUUGCAAAAGAAAGUCGGAAACAUCGAUCGAACUACUCCACUACCGCAAAAGGUGAUCCUACUGUACUCGAAAACAGAACAUAGGGAACCGAGUUGUCAUAGGGAAUCGAGUACAUACUUCAUCUUCAAUCAAAAUUUUCUUUUACAAGCGAUCGCUAUAAUUGCUGAUAUCCACAAUACAAAAAUGGACGAGGCACCACAAACCAUCGGGCGUUCUGCAAUCGACAGAACUCCCGAGGUGUAACA